AAACACACUUAGCUAAGCUACAGUCUUACUAAACAUCCUAACAUUACCCUGUGUCUGUUCAUUAGUGUGUUGUCCCAGUUAUUAACUUGUAACAAUUAUAUUACAUGUUAGUGUAAGUGAAUUCAUCCUGGUAACACAACUGAAGAAAGAUGAAUUGGGUUGGAGGGUCUCGGAGUCGUAUUAUGAUGAAAAACGACACAAAGAAGCAAAGGGAAUACUUUGCCAAGAAAAGGUUAGAGAAUAAACUUCAAACUCUAGGAUUACCCACUUCCCCCAAACGAGAGAGCACCGGAAGUAUGGAUCUGGUUACAUUAUUUAUUGUAAACCAGAUUGCAACAAAGAAAACAAAAGCAAGUCAACCUAAAGUCACACACUUCCGGGAGCUGAAAGGACCGAACAGAGCCAGGCCAGGCCAGCUCCUAGCGUUACCCAUGAGUCCAUGCUCACCCUCCCGCCUGCCUCUCGCCGAGGUUCAGCCCCUGCACAGCAGCACACCAUUUGAAAGAGAGAGGACUUUUGUGAAGAAGAGAAAAACACAUUUUUCUCUGUUUAAGCAGCCCGAGCUGUCCCCUGUGCUGGAGUCGAACCUGUCGGACAUCAGUGCGCCUGACUACCAGCAUCACGUGCGCGACUCCUUCAGCCCCUACUCAGUAGCCUCGCCAGCGAGCGUCAGCUCCGCAGGGCUGUUCCCCUCCCAUCAGCCUUCUAGGACACACAUACACACAUCACCUAACCCCUGGGACAUCACACAGCCAGAGAGAAGCCAGUUUAAUCCCUACUUCCACCCCAGCGGAGAGAGAGAGCGAGAGAGUGUGCGAUGGGCAGGAGAAAUGCAGGCAGCGACAGCAGGACACACACACCACACACACACCACUACUACCACUAUGCCAGUUACCAGGGUCCAGUUUGGAGGCAUAGAGACCAUCACCAUAGAGGGCAGAGGACAUGACACGCGCACGGCCGGCUUUCCUCUCGGCGCCGCAGGCAAGAGCACGCCCCAGGAGCCUUUCUUCAGGGAUUUCUGCAGUGAUGAGUACAACACCCAAGCUCCUUAUGAUAAGGAAGUGAUGAAGAUCCAUCUCCCUGAGAAAAAUGCCAUCUCUACAAUCACAAAGGGGGCCUCUGAGACGUUCAUGUCCUCUGCAGUGGACCUGGGGGGCAUUGUAGAGUCACAGCAGAGAGGUGCUGAGCAGGAUCUUGUGAGAACCAUGUUCACGUGUGCAGACAGCAGACAAGAUGGUGGAUAUGAGCAGGUAUCAGUAAGGAGCGAGUCUCCCAGCUACUCCCCUAGAGAAGGCUGUAACCCCAGUGACUCUGAUGAUGAAGAGGACGAUUGCUGUUGCCAGCAUAACACGCAUGAUGCUUUGGAAGCAUCAUGCACCAGGAAGUGUGUGGAGUUGGACACACCCUUUCUGAACUCUCACAGCACAUUCACCCAGCACGACCUGUCUGAUAUUCAGCAACACAGUCAAAAUGAAGACAAGGGCAGAAUGGCACACAAGUCUGGCCGCCCGGUUCCUUGUGACGCUGCAAAGAAUCGUGGGAGUUGGAGGGGCUGUGGUGAAGACCAGUAUGUUCCGGCUCGGGCUGCGCCAGGUAACACCCACCAGCCAGGCGGCAGGACGGCUGAGCCCCCCGCAGCAAUUCCGCAACCCGCCCCUCAAACCCAGGAGGUGGGCACCCAGACGACACCCAUCCCACGCCCCACCCUCACUGAUGCCUCCACUCAGUGGUGCCCCCCACGGGACAUUAGAAGCACUGCAGCCGAGACGGAGCACCACCAUUACCCCAAGUCCCCAUCUCAUAUGCCUGCAGUUCCCCCUCGCUUCACCAGGGGGCAGUAUGAGCACAAGAAUGAGCUCCUCAAGAAAGCAUCUCAGAAUUGGCUGGGCUCCGCCACGACUCCGGCAGAGUCACACACACACACUCACACUCACAGUUACACUCGAGAGCAGAACACGCCCUGGCAGACACGAGGGGGAGCUCACACACACUCUCCAAUUCCCACUCCGGAGUGCAAUAGGUUUGGACCGACGCCGUCGUCAGUGUCAGCAGCCGCUCCUCUGCACACCUGGGCCCAGCAGCAUGGGGCCGUGAGGCAUCCCUGCGCGGCGGUGGCCGUGGACCAGCCCCCCACGCCCGUGUUGGGAGUCCGAUCCCGCAUCCUCCACCAGCACAGCACAGAGGAGGUGAGAAGAGAGCACCCUUCAGUGCUCGGCGGUGGCGGAGAGGAGGACAGGCAGGAAGGUGACGGGCGGCGCGUGGCGGAACAGAGCGCGGAACAGGAGCGGUGUGAAAACCUGACGCUUUCUGAGGCGACGACAAGAGCAGGAGAGAGGGAUACAGAAGAAGCGGCGGAAGAGGAGGAGGAGGAGGAGAGAGGUGAGAAGAGCGUCUCAGAGGAGGCCGAGACACUUCAGGAAAUCGCAGACAUUCUGCUGAUGAUGAAACGCAGAAAAAAGUGAGAUGGGAACAGCAGCGACAGGGGAGAAAAAAACACACACUGUGGCACAAGACAAGGGCAGUGUGUGUGUACAUCUACAUGUACAAGUGAGGCCGUAAGAAAUAGAGACACAUUUUUAGUCAUGCACACAUACACCUGCAUGCAAACACACAAACACAAACACACACACAGAGAA